AUGGCCAAGUCACAUCUGCUGCAGUGGCUGCUGCUGCUGCUGCCCACACUCUGCAGCCCAGGUGCAGCCGCCGGGUCGGCAUCAUCCCUGGAUUGUGCACAGGGCCCUAAAGUCUGGUGCCAAAAUCUGGAGCAAGCAGUGCAGUGCAGAGCCCUGGGGCACUGCCUACAGGAAGUCUGGGGACACGCAGGACCUAAUGACCUGUGUCAAGAAUGUGAGGAUAUUGUCCACCUCCUCGUAAAGAUGACCAAGGAAGACGUUUUCCAGGACACAAUCCGGAAGUUCUUGGAGCAGGAGUGUGAGGUCCUUCCCUUGAAGCUGCUUGUGCCCCGAUGUCGCCAAGUGCUCGAUGUCUACCUGCCCCUGGUUGUCGACUACUUCCAGAGCCAGAUAAACCCAAAGGCCAUCUGCCAUCAUGUGGGGCUGUGCCCACUGGCACAGGCUAAGCCAGAACAGAAACCAGGGAUGCAGGAUGCUAUUCCAGACCCUCUGCUGAACAAGCUGGUCCUCUCCGCCAUGCCAGGGGCCCUCUUGGCUAGGCCUGGGCCUCACACACAGGAGCUCUCUGAACAGCAGCUCCCCAUCCCUCUGCCCUUCUGCUGGCUCUGCAGGACUCUGAUCAAGCGGGUCCAAGCCGUGAUUCCCAAGGGUGUGCUGGCCGUGGCUGUGGCCCAGGCGUGCCACGUGGUACCCCUGGUGGUGGGUGGCAUCUGCCAGUGCCUGGCCGAGCGUUAUACAGUCCUCCUGCUAGAUGCACUGCUGGGCCGGGUGGUACCCCAGCUCGUCUGCGGCCUCGUCCUCCGAUGUUCCAGUGAGGACGCCACUGGCCCAGCCCUCCCUGCUCUGGAGUCCCUGACAGAAGAAGGGCCACGACAAGACACUGAGUGCCAUCUCUGCAAGUCUGUGAUCACCCGGGCCUGGAACGCCAGCGAACAGGCUAUGCCACAGGCAAUGCGCCAGGCCUGCCUUCGCUUCUGGCUGGACAGGCAAAAGUGUGAGCAAUUUGUGGAACAGCAUACAUCCGAGCUGCUGGUCCUGGUGCCCAGGAGCCGGAAUGCCCAUGUCACCUGCCAGGCCCUGGGAGUGUGUGAGGCCCCGACCAGUCCUCUGCAAUGCUUCCAAACCCCACACCUCUAA